GUGAGAGCACUUCAGUCUACAGUGUGGGAAAUGAAGCCUGCACACCUCCUGACCUUUGCUCUGCUCCUGCUCUGCGCCGAGCCUGAGGCAGCUGAGGAGAAACCGGACACCGGGGAUGAAACCCAGAGCGAGCCCAGAGACCAGAGUAAGGAAAAGACAGAAGAAAUCACUGAAGAGAAAAAUGUCCUGGUGCUGCACGAGAAGAACUUCGCCAGAGCUCUGAGUGAGAACAAAUACCUGCUGGUGGAAUUCUACGCGCCGUGGUGUCGCCACUGUCAGGCCCUUGAGCCGGUUUAUGCCGAAGCCGCAGCACGGCUGAAGAACGAGUCGUCUCCUGUCCGUCUGGCCAAGGUGGACGCCGCAGAGGAGAAGGAACUGGCUAAAGAGUUUGAGGUCAGCAGCUUUCCGUCACUGAAACUGUUCACGGACGGCCACAGACAGAACGCUACGGAAUUCACAGGAAAGCGCAGUGUGAAGAGGAUUAUACAGUGGCUGCAGCGGCGCACCGGACCGAGCCUUGUCCAUCUGAACGAUGACCGAGUCGCUCAGGAGCUCAUCAACACACACCAGGUCGUUGUGUUUGGAUUCUUCAAGGACUUGGAAGGAGCGAAAGCCAGAGUGUUCCAUGAUAUUGCGCUGGAGAUGGUGGAUGUUACCUUUGGCAUCACAAGCAGUCCAGAGCUCUUUGAGAAGUUCAGAGUAGAAGAGGAAUCAGUCGUGCUCUUCAAACAGUUCGAUGACAAACGGGCAGACAUGCCUCUGUCUCAGGAAGACAAGCUGGACAGGGAUGAGGUCAUCUCCUUCAUCCAGACCAACAGUCUUGAGCUGGUUAUUGAAUUUAGUGAAGAGAAUGCAGAAAAGAUUUUUUCUAAUAAAAUCCACAACCACCUUCUUCUGUUCAUCAACUCCACCAUGGAUCUCCACCAGGCUCUGCUGGAGGACUUCACCGCCUCAGCCAGGGACUUUAAAGAGACGAUCCUGUUCAUCAAGAUAGACGUCUCUACAGAGGUGUCCCAUGUGCUGAAUUAUUUCGGUCUGUCUGCCAGUGACGCCCCGGCUCUCCGCUUCAUCAACACGGACACGCUGAAGAAGUUCACCAUGGCAGAAGCAGCCAUCAACAAGGACACACUGAAAAGGUUCUGUCAGGACGUACUGGACGGCAAAAUCAAACCCCAUUUGAAGAGUGAAGACAUUCCUGAGGACUGGGAUAAGAACCCUGUCAAAGUCCUGGUGGGAAAGAACUUUGAACAAGUCGCCUUCGAUGAGACCAAGAACGUCUUUGUGGAAUUCUAUGCCCCUUGGUGUGGUCACUGUAAGGAACUUGCCCCUGAGUGGGAGAAGCUGGGGGAAAAGUACAAGGACCAUGAAAACAUCAUCAUUGCUAAGAUGGAUGCCACGGCUAACGACGCAGAGGAGGUGACGGUGCAGGGUUACCCCACCCUCAAAUACUUCCCAGCAGGAACCGAGAGGAAGGUGAUUGAUUAUAACGGGAAGAGGGAUCUGGAAACGUUUGUUAAAUUCCUGGAUAAUGGUGGAGUUUUGCCAGAGGAAGAGGAAGACGACGAGGAUGAGGAGGAGGAUGAAGAUAAAGACCAAGAAAGCAAAGAUGAGGUCUUAAACGAAUCAACAGAAGAAUCAGAGAAACAUGUUAAUGGAUCCACCAAAGACGAGCUCUGAAAAAAAAACAUCUCAGACAAGAACACACACUGAUGUAGAGCUGUGUGAACCCAAUGACACUCAACACACUGACACUCAACACACUCAACACACUGACACUCAACACACUCAACACACUGACACUCAACACACUGACACUCAACACACUCAACACACUGACACUCAACACACUGACACUCAACACACUGACACUCAACACACUGACACUCAACACACUCAACACACUGACACUCAACACACUCAACACACUGACACUCAACACACAACACACUGACACUCAACACACUCAACACACUCAACACACUGACACUCAACACACUGACACUCAACACACAACACACUGACACUCAACACACUGACACUCAACACACUGACACUCAACACACAACACACUGACACUCAACACACUGACACUCAACACACUCAACACACUGACACUCAACACACUCAACACAUUCAACACACUGACACUCAACACACUGACACUCAACACACUGACACUCAACACACUCAACACACUGACACUCAACACACUGACACUCAACACACUCAACACACUGACACUCAACACACUGACACUCAACACACUGACACUCAACACACUCAACACACUGACACUCAACACACUGACACUCAACACACUCAACACACUGACACUCAACACACUGACACUCAACACACUCAACACACUGACACUCAACACACUGACACUCAACACACUCAACACACUCAACACACUGACACUCAACACACUCAACACACUGAUGUAGAGCUGUGUGAACCCAAUGACACUCAACACACUGACACUCAACACACUCAACACACUGAUGUAGAGCUGUGUGAACCCAAUGACACUCAACACACUGACACUCAACACACUGACACUCAACACACUGACACUGAACACACUCAACACACUCAACACACUGACACUGAACACACUGAACACACUCAACACACUGACACUCAACACACUGACACUCAACACACUCAACACACUGACACUGAACACACUCAACACACUGACACUCAACACACUGACACUGAACACACUCAACACACUGACACUGAACACACUCAACACACUCAACACACUGACACUCAACACACUGACACUGAACACACUCAACACACUCAACACACUGACACUCAACACACUGACACUGAACACACUCAACACACUGACACUCAACACACUCACACUGACCACACUGUGUUGUUUAGAUUCAGAUUCAUCAGGUUACUCUCACAGUAAAUCAGACACUUGCUCCUACACUGUACAGCGUUUCUUCCAAUAAAUACGCCUUAACACACGUUUCAUUCAUCUUCAAUCCUCUGACUCGCCCCUGAACCAACAUGGCUGAGCCAGGAUGCAGAGGAGAGCCAUUGAUCAUCACCAACUAACUCUUUAUUAUAAAAUUGAUUAAAGAGAACCUGCUGGUUGUCAUGGAAA